AUGUCACAAAUGUCAAGCAAUAUUCAAUCAUUUCUCAGCAACAACAACAACAACAACAACAACAACAACAACAACCCCAGCGGCAACGACAUUGACAACUCAGCUUAUGAUUCUUCCGCUUCCACCACCCCAGUUAUUGAACAAGCUUGCGAUUCAUGCCGAAAACGCAAACUCAAAUGUUCAAAAGAAUACCCCCGUUGUUCCAAAUGUAUCCAACAUAAAUGGUGUUGUUCAUAUUCACCGAGAACAGUAAGACUGCCUUUAACUAGAGCUCAUUUAACUGAUGUUGAAACGAAAUUGAGUAAAAUGGAAGAUAUUUUCCAUCAUUUGUUGCCCAAUUAUGACUUGGAUGAUAUUUUAAACAAUUUUGGUAAUUUUGAAGAAAAAUUGAAACCAGUCAAGGAUAAAUUGAGUGAGGCGGGGAAAGACAAUGGGAUAGAUGAGGGAGCGUUUUUUAAUCAACUGGCUGGUCCAUUGGCACAAGACGGUAACGAAUUGGAUCAAGAGCCUUUACCUCCAGCUAUAAAAAGAGAGAUUGACAGUUUUAACCUACAACAGCAGCUGCAACAGCAACCACAACAACUACAAGAGCAAGCUCUUCCAACUGCUGCAACUGCUCCACCACAACCUCACACAUCAAUACCCAGAAAACGUUCAUCAUGCUACGGAUUCACAACUCAACCACAUUCACUAGCUCAAUCACCAAUCUAUGAAGAUGACUUGUUCUCAACAUUUCCUCCUCUCCAACAAUCAAAAUCACAUCCAGUUGAAUCACAAUUUGAUUUCCCCAUUGAUAAAUCCAAAAUCAAACAAGAGAUUAUAAAUGAUUUCCACUUGAAUAAUAUCCCAAUCACAUCAUCAUCAUCGAGUAACACAUCCAUUCCCAAUUCAUUAUUCAGCAAGAGUACAACAAAGUUGAACAAUUACAAUCAUGCCAGGAAAUUCAACCAUAAUGAACUUUCAUCCUUUUUGAAUACUACUGAAAAUAGUUUAUUGACAUCUCCUUCGUCAAUACUAAGUCUAAACUCAAUGACUAAUGACGAUAUUGAUUCAGUUCCAAAGAGUAAAAGAGUCAAAGUCGAAGAAAAUGAAUUAUUUGGACCAGAUGUGAAUUUCUUGUCCAUGGAUAGUAACAACAACAACAAUAAUAGCAACAACAACAACAACAGCAACAACAAUGCUAACUGGCUUUCGCUUGAUUUUUAA